UAUAAAAUGGGCCGAGUUAUAAAAGUUUUUCAUUUAAAUAUAUUAAUUAUAUUUUGUACCAUAACAUCCAUACAAGCUGACUGCAGAGUAUAUCUUCCGACAGAUAUUUCUUUAAGACCAAUAGUGUAUAAAUAUGUUGGCUCAAAGCAGAUAUAUGUAAAACAAAACUAUAUAAUUUUGCAUGACAAUCAAGAAAUUAAAGCAUAUUGUGAUCUUAAAUUCGAAGAAUUCGAAACAAAUCAACUUUUCGUCAAGUGUAUGAACUCUAUAUACACAAAAACGGAUACAGAACAAUCGUAUGGGAUCUACAGUUAUGAAAAAGCUAUGGAUUUGAAAUGCUCAACAAUAAAAUGGAAAUUAUAUGAAUCAAUAACUGAUUUCACAUGGUGUCCAUUUUAUUCGACUUCGUAUUUUGUGGGUAGACCUUAUAACUGGAAUAAUUAUUAUACUAUUUUGGCUAGAAUCUGUUAUAGUACCUAUCAACAGUCCCUUUCAUCAGUUUACUAUACAUUAAAACCAAAACAAUCUUUUUAUGAGAAACCAUCUAACUUGGAGAAUUCGAACGCACCACCUCCUUUGGAAAUAAAAUAUAUAGAUGAAUCUUUUGGUCCAAAUAGCAUCACAAAAGACGAUUUCGAUAAUGAACAGUUCCAAAAAAUGUUCACUUACACAAAUUAUGGAUACAGUUCCAUAAUACAAACCCCUAAGCUAAAUUCGACGUUUAAUCAGCAGUUCUCUUCUCUACUUGGAUUUUUGUGGUGGCCAAAUUUACGUCUUAAUAAUUGGCAACGUUAUGAAGCUGCUCUCGAAAAGCAUGUUGAAAAUGAACAUCAAGCAUAUGACAUCCUAGCGGGAAUAUCUGGCACCCUAAAAGCACCCUUUAUUGAUAACUGUCAAACGAAUUACACCAUGAAAGAAGUGAUCGCGAAAACUGACAGGACAAUACCAUUGUAUGUUUGGAAUUAUUUACAGGGCAGUGACAAUUACACCGAUGAAAUUGUCAUUAUUGGUUUUAAUUCGCCAUUUAAUGAUUUUUAUGCGGAGGAAGAUAUCAUCUUUUGUCCAGACAUAUGUCAGGAAAUUCCUUGGUUGAAAGAAAUUAGCUCUACUUUUCGUCAUGGUGUAAUGGGCAUUAUAUUUUGCUGUAAUGUUGAAGAUGUUAAAACCUCAAACCGUUUGGAUGGUUUCCCCAUAAAUGAUUUAAAACCAAAGCCAAUUGAAACGUUAGAUUCUGGAAAUAAUUUGAAUACUACCGUUGAAACUGAUUUGAAACCAAAGCCAAUUGAAACAUUAGAUUCUGAAAAUAAUUCUUCUGAAAAUGAAGAAGAGGAAUAAUAAUAAA